GAGAGUUACGACAUGAGGACAGUAACGAUGGGAAACACGAGCAGUGGGAAGAGUAAUGAUGUCAGGAGAGUUACGACAAAAGAUGAAAUGACAGGUCCCUGUAGCAGGAAGGCAACGAUGUCGGGCGCCGAUACAAAUCGCGUCACACAUCCGAUAAUAUAAUGUCAGGAAACAGAUAGGAAUGCCUGAACAAAUACAAGCCUGCAGUAGAGUAUCUCCGCACUCAUAUCCGGUUAUUUCGCCGAAAUAGAGUCGCGCUAUACGCCAGUAACUAACAAGCUGUUAUUUCAUUUAUCCGCAGCAGUCAACUGGUAACAUGAAGAUAGAGCUUGGGGUGUACUGGAGUUUCUUCAUGGCUGUUGUAUGCGGUGUAUAUUCAACCGAUACUUCUUUGGAAACGGUUUAUGAAUCGGCUAAUCUUGGUGAACACUUCAAUAUGACAUGCCAAGUCACGGGCGAUACAAUGCACGAGGGGUUGGCAUACUUCAAACGGACAAAUGGACAUGGGACGUCCACAGCCUGUUCUCUCCACCUAAAUUCAAGCACAUCAACGUCGAACAACACAAACUACAGUUGCACGGCCGCUGACGCCAACAUCUUCAUCCUCACUAUACGGCAAGUUUCUCGUGAGGACGCAGGCCAGUGGCACUGCCAAGUCGCGGAUAUGACAAGACCGAUUGUAUCACUGAAAGUAAAAUACAGUCCAGAAAUUAUUUUCUUCGGUGUCGGCCAAGACGACAGCAACAUCACAGUGAAAGAACACGACAACGUCACGUUACAGUGCAACGUCAGCAGUGAGCCUGCCUCGGACAUUCAAAUACGUAACACAGCCUCAGGCCCGGUGAGCAAGGGAGACAACAACAACAGCAACACGUUGGAGGUCAGGCUGGAUGAUAUAGGGUGCCGACAGAGAGGACCGUACAAUUGUUCUGCUGGGAAUGAAAUCGGAACCGCCCCACCCAAAUAUGCUUCAUUGCUGGUCAAAUGUAAACCAAGACUGCAUGGUUCCUCAACACACCUGAAGGUGGCUUCAGCCUUGGGCGAACCUGUCACUCUCAGUGUGACUGUGCUAGCUUACCCGAAGCCUACCUUCAGUUGGAGAAAGUUCAAAGUUGGUGCGCCACUCACGAAAAACACAAACAUCACUUGGAAUGACCCUGUAGCGACAGGGACGUUAAACAUCGCCAACGUCGAUGACAAGGAUUACAGAACAUACAACGUUACAGUAACUAACUCUGAAGGAGAUAGCACAUUUACGAUAUCUCUGAUUAAGCCAACUCAUCCGGACACCCCGACACAUCUGCAAGCAACGAGGGUAGAUUCUCGCUCCAUAACCGUCAGCUGGGAUAAAGCGUUCAAUGGUGGCGCCAGACAAACCUUCAUCCUCCAGCUCAGGCCCGACAGGGGUCAGUGGACAACGCGUGAUGUAGAUAACAAUGACGAUCUCCAUGUUGACAUUAUUGGACUUGCACCGUCUACAAUGUAUGAAGUUCGUCUCCAUGCACAAAACAUACAUGGUAUGAGCAAUUACACGUUCUUAAACGUCACUACACACCAGGAGGAUGAGCUUCAAGACUACAGCCACAAGCAGAUACUGAUCGCCGGCUCGGGGGCAGCAGUCGCUGCUGCAGCCAUCGUCAUCACCGUCAUCGCCGUCGUCGUCGUCGUUAAAAGAAAAAAGAAACAUGGAAAAGGACCUCUUUGUGAUGAAAGAGUCCUCAGUGAACACAGCGAAGUCGUGAUGGAGGACAACUUCCUGUAUGACGCGUCAGGUGACCUCCACGUGCAGACUGAGGAGACCGCAGGUCACCCAAAUGACCAUUAUGACGUUGCUGCCACAUACAGUCAGAUAAACGACUCAGCGGAGGAUAUAUCCGGUCGCACAGAGAACCAAUCAGGAAGCAAGAAGAACAAGGAUGAUUGUGUAAUGGUUGACAACUUCCUGUAUGGCAUGUCAUGUGACCUCGGCGUGGAGGUUGAGGAGACGGCAGGUCACCCAUUUGGCCAUUGCGACUUUGCUACUACUAACAGUCAGAUCGACGGCGCGAAGGAUGUGUCUUGCAACACUGGGAGGGACGUGGAGAACAGGUCAGAGGUGAAGAAGAGGUCGAAGGAUUAUGUUAACGUCGGGUGUUCUUAUGCUCCGGAAGACGUCAAUGUCAACGCCAGUGGGAGGGACACGUAACACCUGUGUGGAAUGGCCAUCCUAGUACGGGACCCUGGAAGGGACAUUGUCGCAAAAAGUGUCAAAAUUUAGAAUAUUCUCGCGUUUUGGAGCUUUAAAUAAUAGUUUGGGUUUAAAAAGAAACAAGCGACAGUCCAACAUUUGGACCAAGUGUUACAUUCUCGCGUUGCUUCAUUUGGUGAAAAACAAUAAAAAUAUUAUUCAAAACGCGCGUUGUCGCGACGUCGCGCUUUGCUUAAUUUUGACACAAUUUGCUUGUUUACGCAAGGCGAAAACGCGAAAAUGUCCAUUCUAGGAUUGCAUAUCAAAGGUAUUAAAGAUGGGAAACCUUUUAAAAAUACUCACUGUGUACACAAGUGAUCCCUUUUACAUUGACAUUUAUCUUUAUUUAUUAGUUGUGUUUUCGUGAAAGUCGAUGACAGCAAUUAUGUAUAUAUGAUUUAUUGCUGAUAAAAUGAUAACGUUCUUCCAUCUACUGGAGAUGAUGCAACAUAUUUAUUUGUGUUCAUGGUAACUUUAUGACCAUGUGAUACUAGUAUAUGUCUGGAGGUGUUCCAACACUCCUAGGUUAAGAGUGAGUGAGUGAGUUGGGUUUAACGGCGCUUUUAACAGCAUUCCAGUUAUAUCACGGCGUGUCAGCUUAAUGUGGGAGGAAAGCCCCAAGUGAUGCAGGUCUCAGACG